AUGCCUUUAACCACACCUGUCCUGACCGUGGAUGCGGAUAAUAUCCACAAAGUUGAUACAGCCAACGCCCAGAGUCUUCAUGGCAUGUGGAUGGUCUUCUCAAAAUGUGCCGACUACAUGGACCAGGGUCGUCGGCUCGAGAAUCUGAGCUGGCGCUUGUGGACCCGUGAGACGUUCUGUGUCGAACCUGAGAACUCUUAUGACCUCCCCACAAUGCAAAAGUUUCGCUCUGAGGCUGGUGAUUUGCCGGAACUUUCCGCCAGUGUCGAGUCAGCCGCGUCUGAUCAAGCCGAGCGCAUCGAAGCCCACAUCAAACGCCCCCAAUUCUCUGACUAUAGGCCGGCCGUGGUCCGGGAGGAUUCACUCGCUAGUCUAGGCCGCGGAAAGGAAAAGCACAUCACAUCAUUGGAUCUGGAACGUAUGGUUCUCAACAUCAAAGAGAAGAAGAACCUGGAGCCUCUCACCCCCAUGGUUGAACCCGCAGCACCCGUCGUCGACAUUACUCCUCGUCCCUCCACACCCACUCCCGUUGCUGCCGCUGUUCCUACUCCUCGACAGAUCCCAAAUAUGUCUCGACCUUCCCCCGUCCAUCUCCCAAAGCUCUCUUGCUCUACCACCGCCCCCGAGGGCAACGAAAGUGAUGCCGCCCAACUUCAUGCGUCUGACACUAGUGUUUCUUCAUCUGGAGUGCUUCCUACUCCUGGCGAUUUAAAAAAAUCUCCCAGUGUCGUCCGUGGAUUUUCGCCUUCAAUCAUCUCCUCAUCGUACCGGUCGCAAGGCAAAUUGGCCACUGAACUCAGUCCCUCCCGCGCCACCACUCAAUUCAAACCAUCUCCUCUCAAGAAGAAGGGCGGUAUGUUUACGUUGGGUGGAUCUUCUGGUGACGAUGAUGAAAGCUCCUUUGAGGAACGCAUGGUCGCGAAGCCCACCCAGGAGAACGCCUCGGGCGGACUUCUCCGACCAAGCAACCCCAGCCCCUCUAACAAGAAGAAGGUCACUUCAUUCAGCGACGAAGUAGCAGUCCGGCCCAAGAGCCCUAGUCAUCUUGAGGAAGAUGCCAUCGAGACUGACGACGAGGUUUCCCAAAGCGCUAUUGAGGAUGACGAGGACUCUGAUUGGGAGGAUUCAGUUACUGAGAGCGGGAAAUCCAGUGUGGAUGAACGCGAGCGGCCGGACAUGUUCCAGCGGGUCGACUCUCGUCCUAAUCUCGUUUCACGACGGUCGCUUCUUACCAUGAUGAUGCAUCAGCCGGCUAGGAUGCAAGGAAAUGCAUUUCGAUCCAGUCCCGCCCUGCAGCGUUCCCGCUUAACGUCUCCCAGUGGACCCUCCGUCCCCAGUUCGCCCGCGCCAAACGAGGGUGAGAGCCUUACCAUGCGUGGCCCUGAUAUUUCCCGAUCAAAGCCCAUUGUCAUGAAGCCUCCUUCGUCUCAGUCUAUUGCUCAUUCGCCUCGCACCACUCGCCGUAAUAUGCUCGCAACCGAAUUGACGGAGUCCCUGCGCCAACAUCUCUUGUGGGAGCGACAGCAGAAGAGUACCACCGCCAAUGCCUUCAAACGCCGGCACACCACCCACGACAUGAAGAACCUCAAAGAAUAUCCUGGUCCAAAGGGUCAGCAGGAACAAGGCGCCGGUUCCCCUAGUGAUGGAAGCGACACACGAGACAAGGACUUUGCCCGCAAUGGCUCGUGGACGAACUACACGACCGACUACGGCCCUUGGGAGUACCAUGUCAAGGGUUGGUAG